AAGAAUAGGGCUCCCCACGCGGCCAAACAGUAUCUAAUUUGCGCGAAAGGAAAAUAGCAGGGUUUAGCAUAGUCACCGUCGCAUCGUCUCUGCUCGGCUAGAGAGAGAGAGAGAGAGAGAGAGAUGGGAGGGAAGGGUCGGAAAAGGAGAGAGAAGAACUACAGAGCUGCACACGGAGGUAACAGUCGCCUGCCACCACCUCCUAAACCCUCCUCCGUCGACGCUCUCCCCUCUAAACUUCGCGCUAUUAUGGCCUUCAUCCAUCCUUCCCAACCAGUAUCAAAUGAAAAGAGGAAUGGAGGCAGCGGCAAUCGCAGUGAGAAGAAACAUAAUUCAAAGGGAAAGCUUGAUUCUAACCCUAGUGGGACCAGAGAGAAAGAUAAUAAAGGAAAUGCAGUGACAGCACAACAGGUGGAUGAUGAUGACAAUAUCAAAGAAGAAAAGAGAAAGAAAACAAAAAAGAGGAAGCGGGUUACCGACCUUCGGUUUGAGAUGUUGGAGUCAAGUGGUGUCAGUCUGAAAAGACGAGAACAUAGGAAGAAGCGUUUAGAAGCAAAGAAGAAUAAGCGCAAAAAGGCCAGGCCCGAAGAGAAUGAAGGCUUUCCCGGACAUGAAAAGAUCAAAUUUGGAGAAGUUGUUCAAGCUCCACCAAAGUUGGUCGCAUUUCCUAAGGCAUCAAAGGCUCCCCAGGACGCUUCAUCUGAAAGACUUCGUUUAAAGGCUGUUGAGGCAUACAGGAACCGGAAAGGAUGGGCAUCAAGGCCGGGGAAGGACCUUCCUCCAUCCAUAAUGACGUCACCAACAUUAUGAUUAUUAUCAGUUGUCGUAGUUCUAGGUCUUGCCGUUGCCAUUUCUUUUGGCUUAUGUAUUGAUUUAUAGCCGAUUGCGGUGCUGCUCCCAUAAUGAACUUUGUCAUUUUGUUACGGCUUAACAUUGGUUGCCUUCAGACAUGCGCAGUUUGUAUCAUACAUAUGUUGAUUUUUUGAUUCAAUGGUCACUGAUGGCAGCUUGAGUUAUUCAAAAA